AUGUCUUCUGGCGCAAGCGACACCAAAUCCGACUCGUCAGGCAGUGCCUCGAACAGAACAUUCCCAAUUUACUGGUCGCAGUUACCAUCUAUCAAGAUAGUCAGACAGCCCAAAGAUAUUCUCCGCAGACUGAUGAGAGAUGCUUUACCUAUUGCUCACAAAGCGUGCGAGGACGUACCGAGCAGCGAGAGCCUUGGUGCAGAACGAUUUGUCUCAGACGCGUCUUCUCCCACGAAGUAUCCCGAGUCAUUGCAGCACACGACGAAUAUACCAACUCUCGCGGAUAUUCUCGUCGGCGAGACGCCUGAUGAUCAAAGUGCGUCACCAGACCAGGACAACGUGCGACACUGGGAUGAGGGUUACUACUUGUGGCUAAGCAGAAGCCGGUGGGCCACACAGGAGAAGCUUGACCUGAUGAUGCGCGACCUAGGGAACCAAGCCGAGUGGCAGCGAGUGAAGCAACAGUUGAUGGAGGAGUGGGAGCAGCAGGAGCGCCAGAGGAAAACCAAGGGUGCUUCAAGCAUGUCUGAUGCUGCGGAAGGCGCACAAGCGCAGAUGCAGGGACACAAGCAGCAGGCCGCCCAGCAGCCCCAGGUUUUGCUCACCAGGAGACCGUUCCCCGAUCUUACGGACCAAUCUAUUCUUCUCCCCAUACCCCCGCCUUUCCCACCGCUUCAAGAACAGAUCCGAAAUUUACUCGCGCCGUCACAGCGGGUGCUUGGACUGACUCAUGAUAGCCUCCAAUCAGGUGCACAGUGGAGAUUUAUGGGGCUGAUGUGGGAGAAGGCGAUGACCGACAAGCCUUUUGUACUUGCACGGAAUGUCUGUUCAAGAAUGUGGGAUAAGUGGAAGAAGGGACCGCCUGAGGAUUCACCAUGA